AUACAUUGGAUGAUGCUCAAAACUUACAGCAGCCAAGUCGAGGUCUCUCUCCCAUGGCGAGCGGCGGCGGGAACCAGCAGCAACCGCACAAACCGUACCGGCACCUGAGAACGUUGACGGCGCACACCGGCGCCGUGUCCUGUGUGAAAUUCUCGAACGAUGGCACUCUCUUAGCUUCCGCCUCCCUCGACAAAACCCUAAUCAUCUGGUCCUCCACCUCUCUCACCCUCCGCCACCGCCUCGUCGGCCACUCCGAAGGCGUCUCCGAUCUCGCCUGGUCCUCCGAUUCCCAUUACAUUUGCUCCGCCUCCGACGACCGCACUCUCCGCAUCUGGGACGUUCGUUCCUCCACCGGCGAGUGCGUCAAAACCCUACGCGGCCACUCCGAUUUCGUAUUCUGCGUCAACUUCAACCCCCAAUCCAACCUCAUUGUCUCUGGUUCCUUCGAUGACACGAUCCGGAUUUGGGAGGUCAAGACUGGGAAGUGCCUCCAUGCUAUUAGGGCUCACUCCAUGCCUGUCACUUCUGUGCAUUUUAAUCGCGAUGGUUCGCUUAUCGUUUCUGGUAGUCAUGAUGGUUCCUGUAAGAUCUGGGAUGCCUCCAACGGGAUUUGCUUGAAGACUCUCAUUGAUGAUAAGGUCCCUGCUGUGUCUUUUACUAAGUUCUCUCCCAAUGGCAAGUUCAUACUUGUUGCUACUCUCAAUGACACCCUUAAGCUAUGGAACUACUCGACUGGGAAGUCUUUGAAGAUAUACACAGGACACUUGAAUAGAACCUAUUGCAUUGUGUCGACAUUUUCUGUCACCAAUGGAAAAUACAUCAUCAGCGGGUCGGAGGAUAAAUGCAUCUACAUAUGGGAUCUACAGGGGAAAAACAUGAUUCAGAAACUUGAAGGCCACACGGAUGCUGUCAUUUCUGUGUCGUGUCACCCAACUGAGAACAAAAUUGCAUCUGCAGGACUUGAAGCGGAUAGAUCAGUGAGAGUGUGGGUUCAAGAUCCAUGAACACCUUUUUCACCAUCACCAACUCAAAGAAGCAAAGAAGAUGACACCUUUUUCACCAUCACCAACUCAAAGAAGCAAAGAAGAUGAGAUUUUGUACAAGUUGUAAUUGUUUCUGAAUAUCUUGUUCAUUUUCAUAUUUUGUGAAUCUGAUGCUGUUAAUGACUGUUUUCUACAUGUACCGGGCAACCCGGCGGCAAGAUUGGAGACUCGAUUUCACUGGCAGUUGUAUAUACAUAUAUAUAAACACGGGUAAAGAGUUUCAUUGUCCUUCUUCCUGUGACAAUUGAUGUUUAUUACAUAUAAUUGUAUUCUUGAACGUUGAAUUGGAAAUUUGAUUAUAUUUAGUGAGGAAAAGCAAUAAAGCUAUAGGAUAAGAUUUUACUUGAGAUGGUAAAA